AUGGCCAGCCUCCCCUCGCAACACCCCACCCUGUCCAUCCACCUCUCCGACCUCACCCUCACCCCGCUCAUCACGUCGUCGUCGUCGCCCUCUCACCUCGACUCCCUCACCUCGCUCACCUCGAGCGCCCUCUCCUCCCAGACGGCCGCCCAGCGCGCGCAGCUCGGCCGCCCCCAGCGCAUCAUGGUCGAGUACCCCGACGCCGGCGCCGUCGUCCUCCAGUCGUACCUCGACCCCCCGCCGCCGCCGCCGCCCACUUCUGCUGCCGCCGCCAACACCACCACCUCACGCAGCAGGAAGAACUCGUCCGGCCCGUACAGGGACGACAGGGGCGAUAGCUUGGGUGUCGCUGGCGGCGGCGGCGGCGGCUCAACAGGCGCGGGUGCCCGCUCGGAAGACGCCGCGCCCAUGCUGGUGGGCGUCGUCGUCGCCGGCUCCUCCAACGAGGCCAAGGAGGCCCGGCGCGCCGCCGUGAGGCUGGAAAGGGUCGGGCGGGAGUUCCAGCGCGAGUGGGCGGCCCAGGCGUCCGAGCGGACCACCGACGGAGCCUCCGGGCCCGAGUGA